AACAAUACAUAUAUUUUAUGGAACAUAAGUAGUAUAAAAUGAAACAUAAGGUAUGUUUUUUUAAACAUCAAUAAGGUAUAAGAAAUCACAGUAAACCUAGUUCAUAUAUAACCCAACUAUAUGAAACAAGCAAUAAUAUAUAUGAAACAUUAAUAUUAUAAAUUGAAACACUAAAUAUAUUUUAUGAAACAUCAUUAACGUACACUUCAACUACAUUUUAACUUAACGUUGACAACACAAUUCAAUGUAACAUUACAUUUUUUAAUUGAAACAGCGACAAGUCUUUUUGAAACAAUAAUAACAUCUCAAAAUUAUUCUUUUAAUACAAUAAAAUAAGUAAUUAAUACUGUUCCAAUUGGAUGAUAUGCUCGUUAUUGUCAAUACAAUUUAUAUUGUUCCAGAAAUAUGAAUUAUUGUCCCAUAAAUAUUAUAUAUUGUUCCAUAUAUAAGAACUAGUGUUCCAAUUACAUGAUAUGCCCCUAUUUUCGAAUUUUAAAUAUGUCUUAAUACUGUUCCAAUUGGAUGAUAUGCCCGUUAUUGUCAAUACAAUUUAUAUUGUUCCAGAAAUAUGAAUUAUUGUCCCAUAAAUAUUAUAUAUUGUUCCAUAUAUAAGAACUAGUGUUCCAAUUACAUGAUAUGCCCCUAUUUUCGAAUUUUAAAUAUGUCGUUCCAGAAUUUUCAACUAUUGUACCACAUACAGAUUUGCUCUUUUUUUGCACUACUUCGAAAAUUCUACCAAGAAAAUAUCAAACGAACUCCAAAAAUUCAGAAAUUUUGUAUGCUUAUUCUACACAAAAAAAAUAAGCAGAUUCAAAAAAAAAAAAAAUCGCUUCAAAAGGGUUUUUUAUGAGAGAGAAAUCUUCAUUUGAAAUCCGUCUUUCCAGAUUUGCUCCUUUUUUGCACUACUUCGAAAAUUCUACCCAAAAAAAUAUCAAACGAACUCCAAAAAUUAUGAAAUUUUGUAUGCUUAUUCUACACAAAAAAAUAAUCAAAUUAAAAAAAAAAUCGCUUCAAAAGCUUUCUUUAUGAGAGAGAAAUUUUCAUUUGAAAUCUGCCUUCAUUUCUCUCUCUUCAAUGGCUAAAUUAAAAUGAAACCAGAUUUUCCAUUUUCUCUCUCUUCAAUGGCUUAAUCUCUUGGUUUUAUAGUACAUAAAUCGGUGUUUCAAUGCAGAAAAUAAGGAAAAAAAAGUAAAAAACAUGUACUAAUGACUGAAAUGCGUGUUCCCAAGAAAAUGCAUGGGAAAGUGAUAAUUAAUCUCAGCCAUCCAUAAUCUCAAAAUUGAUGAUGUAAGAUUGGUUCUUAUUUUAAGAGGGUUCUCACCUAAGGGGUGGGUUCUCACAUGAUCCCUCCCCUAUAUAUAUAUAUAUAUUUUAUCAAAGUGAAAAAAAUAAAAAUAAAAAUUCUGCAGAUGCACUGAAGUAUUUAAUUAAACACAAAUUUUAAAAAAAAAAACGGUGUUCAUUAAUUUAAUGAAUGGCGGAAUUUUUGGACAAGCAUCAACUGCCAAUUUAGUGGGUUUGGCACGUGCUUCCUAAUGAUUGCCAAAAUAAAGAAAGAAAUAGAACUUUUCUCUCUUCAUUCAUUCACUAUAGCUUUCUCUCUCUUCGUUUUUCUCUCUCUAAAAAGCAAGUAACUGGCGAUUUCGAGCGUUUUCUAUGUCCUCCAUUGUUGAUUUUCGAGCUUUUUCUUUCUUCUUUUUCACUGGUGAAGUUGUUAUUUGCUUAAUUCAGGUUCGUUUACUUAUUUUUUUGAGAUUUUUGUUAGUUUAAAUUGUUUUGAUUCUUCGAUUUUUAGGUUUUUUUAUUUUGAUUUUGUUUUCGAUUUUCGUAGUGUUGAUUCUGCAAUGGUGAAGAAGAAGAAGAUUACAAAGAAGGCUGUAGAUGCUGAAGAAGGUGGUUCAAUAGGUGGUUAUCGUUAUAAAAAGCCUACAAAAGGAAAAGGAAAGCCUAAAGAGCCUGCUAAGCCUAAACCAAUACCAAAAAAGACACAGAUAGCUCCUGAGAAGAGCAAAGCUGUAUCUAAAAAGGCUGGGAAAAUUCCUGAGAGUGACAAACCAGAGUCUGAGAAGGCCAAAAUAGUUCCUAAGAAGGCCAAAAUUGUACCUAAGAAAGCUAAUACAGUGGAAGAUUCUGAUUAUGAAAUGCUUUCUGAAUCUGAUUCUGAAUCUUUUAUGGAGCAAAGAAGAAUCAUUGCAAGAUGUAGACCCUAUUCAUUGGAAAUAUUGCUGUAGAACUUUAGUCCUGUGCAAAAACAGGCUGUUGAAGAAAUUGGUUUUGGAGGUUUAUUACAUCUUAAAUUGAAAACUCUUAAUUGUCAAAUGCUACCUUGGCUUGUUGAAAACUUCAAUGCUGGUAGCUGCAUGUUUACCAUCGUUACUGGUAAAGAAUUUGUUGUUACUAGAAAUGAUAUAUGCGAUGUGUUUUGCUUGCCUUUGA